CGUUAUUCGUAGAUAUUAAGUUUAAAAUUCAACAACGAAAAUUCACACCUCUUCUUCAUAUACAAUUUGACAUUCAAUCUCCUCAAAGCGUCACUUUCCACAUAGAAUUCUAUACAUCACACAUAUAAAUUCUAUACAUCACGCAACCAUGGAUUCUCUUAACAAUGCAUUCGCCUCCUCGGACCCCAAAGCUGCUGUUAUGAAUCAAGUUCGUCAGGAAGCUGCUAUGACCAAUGCUAGACAAUUGAUCGAGAAAGUAAACGAACACUGCUUCGAGAAAUGCGUCCCCAAACCCGGUACCUCUCUCAGCAGCGGCGAAACUACCUGCUUCACCCAAUGCAUGGAAAAAUACAUGCAAGCGUGGAACACAGUGAGCAAGCAAUAUAUUGCGAGAUUGCAACGAGAGUCGACUAGCGGAGGGGCGACGGGGGGUAUGUUUUAGAUUUUGAUUUGGGCUGGGAUUUUAGAAGAGGGGUAGAGGAAGACCGAGGGAGGGUAGAGAAGAAAAAAGAUAUCACGGGAAGGAGUGAUAUUAUUGAGUAGGAGGGGUUAUGUGAUGAUGAAGUGAUGAGGUGCUAGAGCAUGCUAGAGCGAGAUAUCAGAACAAUGAGCCGUGAUUUGGUAUGGAAGGCUAUUAUGAUGGAGUGUAUUAUACUCUUGUACACUAUGAAUGGGUCACCACGUCUCUGGAAAUGGAGGGCAUAAAAUGCAAGGAAUUGGAAACAACACCACUAUAAAUGAAAUGGAGAUAUCUAUGGCGAUAAGAUGUAAUUUGCUCUGGUUUCGAUUCGGGUAUUAUAUAUUAUGUUUCUAUUGA